AUGGCGUCCCGUUACAACCAAACGAUGCUUCUUUGCUUAAUCGUUGCCGUUGCACUAUCGUCGGUUUUCGCACAGCAUGUCUUGGACACAGACAAAAUCGACUGUUAUCCUGAAAUUGGAAACCAAACUCUCUGCGAGGCCCGUGGGUGCACAUGGGAGGAAUCUCAAUCAAAGGUAAUGAUAUUUACUCUUUGAAAGAAUUACUUCGUUACGGCUGAAAGCGGGGUUCCCUGAUCUCAAUUAAGCGACUAACAAUGACUUAGAUGAAUUUAGUGGUGACAUUCAGUGCUUCGGAGUUAAGCGAGUCAAUAUGACGAAGAAUUUGGUGGGUCGAUUCAAGUGAUUAGAUUAUUCAGCAUUUCACCCUUUGAACAAGUCACCCCAGUGGCAGUAGUUUUACUGUAACGCCGUUGGACUUGUUCUUGAAACAGAGGGAAACAACAUUGAAUUGUAUUUCCAGAAAUCGAACGUGCAUAAUUUUUGAAAGUUCUAAAAGGUUUGUUUUCCCCUCGAACGCUCUGUGUCUUAGAUAUGUUCGAUGUUAGAUAUGUAUAUUAGAUACAAGUUUUUUCUAAUUUUGCAUUAAUUGAUAACUCGUUCUUCAGUGUCAGGAAUAUAUAAGAAAGCUUGGACUCAAUACACUUAGACCAGAUCACUUAUCAUGGUGACCCAACUGAGUAUAAUGCAUGUUAAGAAACCUCUUUGUUUUUAAUUAAAUGAGGUAACUACUGACAACUCGGAAAAAAAGAUGAAAUUAAAGAAGUUGUCAGAGUAUUGGAAUAGAAAUAAAGAAGGCUGACAACCUGUCACCUUGUAGUUCAGCUUCAGUUUCCAGAAAUCUUGUUUUGUUUGUUUUUUUUUUCCAUUUGUUUUGUGUUGUUUCCUUUUUUUCGGGUUACUGAGGUCAAUACACCAUUCUCACAAUAGAUCAGAUGGAAGUAUAUGUGGCUUAGGCUCAACUGACAAAGGAAUCCACGUGUUCCGUAUUGUUAUUAACCAACAGUAUAUUGGAUGAGGAAAACAUUUGCAUUUAGAAAGCUGUGUACACGUAUCUCCCUCCAGUCGUGAGUUUACUCUAGACCUUUCCAGAAGUAAUUUUUUUCUCGUUUGUUUGAUAUCGCCAAUCAGCUGCUGACACGUCACUCGCCUCUCGCGCCAGUCUGUCAGGUUGAUGAAUGAAUGGCAAAACGUUCACCAUUAAAUUCUCAAGGCCGUUUGUCAAACUUUUUUUGUCAGUUAAGGCCUAUAGUGCCUACAUAAUAGAAAAUAGUAUAAGGUUGCUACAGAUAAGGAACUUCUCUCUCGUGUUCAACUCUCGAUUUCGCGAUAUCGGGUUGAAAACAAGAAGAUACAUUCCAUGCUUGUGCACACCCAUAUGUUAUUCUCUAUUCAUAUUAGUGAGUUCCACUAUGAUCAUCACAGCCCCUUUGGUAUGAUUUAAGCUUGAGGGCUCAUAUCCUUGUUUGACUGAAAUAACAAGCCUAACUUCCUUCUUGCAGGGUGUUCCUUGGUGUUUUUUCCCCAAGUCAUAUUUAGGUGGAUAUAAGAUAGAUGGCGAGGUUCGAGAAACCCAGCUAGGAUACCGAGCCACCCUUAAUAGACGCUCCAACACGACUAUCUAUGGGGACGACAUCGACGAGAUUGUCCUUGAUGUUGAGUUUCAAACAGACGACCGUGUUAGAUUUAAGGUAAUGAAUGAACUUAUCUGAUUUCGUUGAGCGUGCGAUAAGCUUUGCUCAAAUUUCAAGACUUGUAGUGGCUAUACAUGACUAGCGUGGCAAGAAAUUAGCAACCAAAUCUCAUCCGGCACUGUGUUUUUUUCUCCAGUGUUAAAAUUGACACUGGGCUUCGUUUACUUCCAUAGUUCUACGACGCCAAGAAAAAAAGAUAUGAAGUACCAGUCCCUAUGCCAAGUGCGACAUCAAAGGCUUCUAAUGCAAAGUAUACUGUUAAGUUCGAGAAGGAUCCUUUCUCCUUGAAUAUACUGCGAAAAGAAAACGAUGUCGUCAUGUAGGUGACCUCAAUAUUUUAAUUGCUUGGGUUGUUUUCCUGACUUUUUAAAUUUUGCUUUUGUUUGUUUUGCCUCUCGAAGAACUGGCAAUCGCGAGAAAUUACAUGUUGUAAAAAGGAAAAAUACGAAGCACAGAGUCGUCUAUUAACUAAGAGUUUUGGAGACAAGUGUUGAAGACACGGUAGCCAUGUGAUUAAUUAUUGCUUUGGACACUGGAUUGAAAGGUCUGAGUGGAAACCCGUCAAAGGGGGAGUAGCAUUACUCCUUCAUCGCUUCAUGAUACUUAGACCGGGAGGAGAAACAUUUUUGGCUCGUAUGCUGGCGUUACUUGACUAUGUUACUGUCAUAACAUUUGCAGAUGGGACUCGUCUGUGGGCGUGUUUAUAUUUGAGGACCAGUAUAUACAGAUCUCGAAUCAGCCCCCUUCUUUAUUCGUGUACGGUUUUGGUGAACAGGAACAUAAGUCAUUCAAACAUAACCUUUCAGCCUGGGAAGUUCUUCCUAUCUUCACAAGAGACCAGUUUCCAUUUGUGAGUAGCUUUCCAUCGAUGUACCUUAUUAAACGUUUGUUUCUUUGAAUGAUUACGCUAAUAAUUAUUUUUUUUUUAAUCGUAGAAGUUCACUAUUUUUUUAUUUCUUGUUACAGAGUGGUGGAAAUUUAUAUGGCCACCAUCCUUUCUACACUUGUAUGGAAACCGAUGGCAAAUCUCACGGGGUUUUUCUAAUGAAUAGCAACGCGAUGGGUAAGUAAAAGCGUUCGAGAAAAGAACAUUGAAUGGAAGGAGUCAUGUUAGUAUCCUCUACGUGUCUUUUUGGGCAAACGUGCUUCUCUUGGUAUCUUUUAUAUUUGAAGCUACACCCAGUUUUCAACUCUGACUUCUCUGAUCAACAGAACAUCAAGUUUUCGUACCUCAAACUAUACUACAAAGUAAACUCCCACAUGAAUGAAAUUCAGAUUUGCCAUAUUUUGACAUCUAAUGGCAUAUUUUUAUAUAAACGAUUGCAACAAGAGAGGACAUUCAAAUGAUAGUUUUUUUGUUCCAUUCAAAAUCGUUAAUGUUAUUCCUUGUUGAAUUUCUUGUUGAGACAACUUUCGUACCUUUAAAAUAAUUUGUCCUAAAUGUCGCCGGGUAAGUACCCUUGUUGCAUGCACUUGUUAAGCAGCCUAUUUAGUCUAAUUGCAUUAUUAAGUUAUUUUAGGAGGGGGUUGGGUUGGAGCUUAAACCUAGUGGGGGACUUAUGUCCUAUUGUUUUUGCUCCGGUAAUGCUUUGUACAAAUCCUUAAAUGAAUAAAUAAAUAAAUAAAUAAUUCUUUUACAACUGCUUUAUGAGUAACACUUGACUGGUAUUUCGUUCUAGAUGUCACCCUACAGCCAAAACCAGCCAUAACAUAUCGCACAAUUGGAGGAAUUCUAGAUUUCUACAUAUUUCUUGGUCCUUCUCCUGAGGAUGUCAUAAAGCAAUAUACUGAGGUAUUUAUCGAUUAUAACAAAAAAGGAAAAAAAAAAAGAUUAGUUACAUUCUUUUUCCGCUAAUCUUCUUGCAAAUGAUGUUUUUGAGACCAUUCUUGUCUGCUUUUGCCAGGCGUUGAAGAUGAUGGACAUAAAUCGUCAAAAAGGGGAAUUAUUCUUAUUAGUCUUGAUCUUGUUUCCAUUGUCUCUCAAUCACAUGCUGCAUUUAGUUCAACCGGUCUUGUUUUUUCACAAAAUUUGGCUGUGGCUCAUGGGUCAGCUACCAACGCUUUGCUUAGUCAUGUCAUUUCGGAGUAGUUUUGAAUUGAAAGUUUUGCUUGUAUAUGUAAUCAGGAAUUUCCACGUUUGCGCCCAUUUCACGCUCUAGUGGGCAGGUUUGAAGCAAAUAAACAGAGGGUACGGCAGAUUUGAGAGGACAACUAACCAGAGGCGGUUCAGGGGAGGAAGAUCUGGAUGAGUCAACCCUGAAAGAAAAAUUACCUGCUUUAGUUUAUGAUCAAUUAUGGAAAAUAGAUUUUAAUUUGUUUAUGCUGAUUUCGCAGGCUAUAGGUCGUACAUUUUUGCCGCCAUAUUGGUCGCUUGGAUUUCAGCUUUCUCGUUGGGGAUAUAACAAGAUUAAGACGGUAAAGAAUCUGGUGGAGAACAUGACUGAACACGAUUUACCUCAGGUGACUUAUAGCAUUUUAUGGUACUAUGAUAAAAUCCUCCAUAAAAAUAUAUUUAGAUUCAAUAUUUAUCUGUCAUAGACCAUGUCUUCUAAUCACUUUGAUCGAUUUUAGGAUGUGCAAUACGGCGACAUCGACUAUAUGAUCCGACAGAAAGACUUUACUUAUGAUCCAGUCAACUUCAAGGGCUUGCCUCAAUUUGUCCGCUCAAUCAAGAACGAUGGCUUGCGAUACAUCAUUAUCCUGGUUAGUAAUAGUUUUUUGCCGAGAUCAUGGUUAGCGGGUAUAACUUGACAAUGAAACCGGGCACAGCUAAAAGUGUGUGCUUUGGUCUUACAGCCAAUAACGUCACGGUAAAACUGAUUAAUAAGUUGACACGAGUUGGGCUUGUGUAACACUCGACUGACAACAACGCAAAGGCUGUCAAAACGUCAGACACUUUUAUGGACAACAGUUCUUCUCAAGACUUCUUUUACCUUCACGAUCAAAAUAGACGAUCAGAAGUGUUUCCUUUUGUUCUACAACGUGAAGCUGGUAAAAGUAUCAGCAAAGAUGGCAUUCAAAAGGGUGUCAGCUCCUGUGUUCACUUUAAAUUUUCUUUAAAUGAUAAACGUCUCCACAUUUAAAAAGUCAGAACAGGCGUGGUUUGGUAUCAAACUUUAAACUCAGUCAUAACAUUAUCACCAGGACCCAGCUAUUGGAGCCAAUGACACCGACUAUCCUCCUUACGACCUGGGAAACGAACUGGAUGUGUUCAUCAAAGAUGGCGAUUCUGGAAAAAACCUGUUCGGGAAGGCAAGUAACUCUUUAAGGAUUAAUUCAGAGAAUUACUCUGUGCCCGGCUGGUUAAGUGGCUCGGCGAUGAAAUUAAUAAUAUUUUGACCUGUCAAUGAUAACAAGUAACGAGGUGGUCCUCAAAGGUGAACUCGCCGUUAAAAGAACACAUACAUGUCUCUAGGGAAAGCCAUCUCUACAACAUCAAGAACAUUAGGUCUAGUAGAAUUAUCAAAUUCCUGAAUAUUCCACAUUUCUUUUAUUGUUUCCACCAAAGCCAUUCUUAAGAUGAACGUAAUAGGAACCAUGUAUAUCUGUUUCUUGGCAAGUAAUAGAAGGCUGAGAUUUUUUAAUUUUACGAGAGAAAGCCUCGAACUGACACUUCCCUUCAGUGGAGGAGACAGAUGAGGCCAAGUGAAGGAAUAGGAUGCGUUUAUCUCUUGUGCAUACCUCAUUUGACUGAUAUUUUUUCAGGUUUGGCCGACGUUUGAAAACAUCACAAUGAACGACAGCUUGUCUUGGGACGAAAAAACAAGGGUUGGUAGCUUUGAUCAACUUGAUUUUUUUGUACACGUUUGCUGGAGAGUGGCCUUGCUUUGAUUGACUGAUUUUAUCUUCCUCGCCAGGGCCGAUUAUUUGCCGCUUUUGUCUGGUCAAAAAUUUGCUAGAAGCCUCAUAAUUUUAAAUUUUAACCUCGUUUCCGGUUAUAGAUACAUGCUUGGGCAUAUGGGGCUAUGUACUUAAGAGUAUAAUAUAUAAUGCGCUACUUUCAUGAUUUUAGCUUCUCAUAAGGGCAUUUUCUCACACGACUGAUUUGCUUUUGCUUUUCCCUUUAGCUGUACAGACAAUUUGCCGCGUUUCCGGACUAUUUCCAUCCAAACAUCAGCAAAUACUGGAGGGAUCUCAUUAAAGACUUUCACAAAAUCAUCGAAUUUGACGGAUUGUGGAUUGUGAGUGUGCAAAUUAAAUUAUUGAACUGAUCUUUAAUGACCUGCUGAUGUUUCCAUUCAAGGUCUCUACUAUAAGAGCAAACGAAUCACCUCAAAUUGAAACACAAGUAUCCCAGCCUCAACGCAUUUUCUUGAUUAAUGCUUUACCAGUGUGUGAUUAUUGCAUCUUCAUCGUUGAAACUGUGUGAUUAGGAAAUAUUUAAGGGAUAAACUCAGUUGGAAAUUCGACCCACGAAUCACUUGCCAUCUUUAAUAAAAUCAAUGGUGGAAUAGUGUGUUAGGCAUCAAAUUGAACAAUGGUGCCUCGUUGUAUACUCCAAGUAUUACCACUUUGAUUUUGCCUCCUUUUAGGAUAUGAAUGAGCCGGCAAACUUUGUUGCUGGAAGAGUGGGUGGAUGCAGCAAAAACAAGUGGGACUAUCCCCCUUACAAACCAAGUGAGUAAGCGUGCCACAGAGGCACCAGUUGCUUCUACCUACAGCAGUGAGACGAUAAAACCCAUCAACAUUUAUCAGUCCGGGCUUGUUGAUGCAUCACUUAGCUUUUAAAGAAAUUCUCUUUCUAUUUUUAUCAUCGUUUAAACCAAACAUUUAUUCAGAUGACAAUGCUUCUUUGUGCUUUAGGGAUUAUGGGAAACAUAAUGGCGGACAAGACAGUGUGCAUGAACGCAAAACAAUACAAUGAUUUACAUUAUAAUGUCCACAGCUUGUAUGGAUGGAGUCAGACAUUGGUUACCCUGGCGUAAGUGGACAUAUACUAAAAAUGGAUUCGGCAUCAGAAUAGUCGCAGUUUAACUUUGGCGCGAUUGUUGAUGAGAUAUCAGAGAUUGUUGUGACUGAUUAUCUUUCUUCAGAUCAGUUUUGCGAUUUGGGGCGUAAAAAACAAGACUGUACCGACACCCAGUAGAAUAUCCUGCCGUUUUGUUACUCUUCCGUUAGCCAGUGAUGCUGGUUGAUUGUAGUCCUGUUGCAAAGCUGCAUCCAUUUCGCCCUUUAAUAACCCUUAAACCACGUUCAGUAUUACUGGUUAAAGCUCACAAACUCGCUGCUGCAUUAGAGCAUAAAUCGUUUUAAAAAAUUAAGAGACUACUCACAAUUCUAUUUCUGUUUCCAAAUGCUGUCCGCAGUGGGGUUCUUGAAAAUGUGCUGGCCGCGUGUCACUUUCGAAGCAUAUUGAUAGAGCAUUGGAGCGCUUAGUUCCCAGGUCUGGGGCUAAAUUCCUCGUGGUGUCUCAACUAUUUCUUAUAGCCUCAUGCGCAUAACAAGACGAAUGACAUGUUCAACGUUGCCUUUUUUUAGGGCGGCGAGGGAAAGUACAGGAAAACGAAGUAUCGUGAUCUCGAGAUCAACUUUCGCCAGCAGUGGAAAAUAUGCCGGGCAUUGGCUUGGAGACAACAAGGCAUCAUGGGACCAGCUUCAUACAUCGAUUAUUGGUAAAACAAAGCGGUACAUUAAUGGAUACUCAUAGUAUAACUUAGCUUUUUUUCUACCAUGACCUAAUUUCCUAAAUGAAGAAUCUCAACAAAUAAAGAAGAAUUCACAUAUCCUUAAGCGGCGAAAAAGGUUUUGAUUUUCUAGAACUUUACCUCGCGUUCUCUGACCUGAUUUUGCUGCUAACGUUUUUGUCGUGUUAUUUAUGUUUUAGGAAUGUUAGAAUUCAACCUGUUCGGUAUUCCUUAUGUGAGUAGCUACCUAUAUUAUUUUAAUUCUCAGUGUGAAUAUUGCAUAGACUGACCCUCUUUCGAAACAGUGGCGAACUGCCCUUCGCGAAAUUUAUUGGAUAACAUGUUUUGCGUCAUUCCAAUCAGUUUUCAUUGCCUGGAGGCCUCCCUCUUUCCUUUCAUUUCAAAAUGAUUCAUAAUUUGUUGAACAUAAAUGUUUAUUUUCCAAGGUUGGGGCAGAUGUUUGCGGGUUCUUUGAUCACCCGACAAGUGAGAUGUGUCUUCGCUGGACUCAACUGGGAGCCUUUUACCCUUUCUUCAGAAACCACAAUGGCUAUGGAAACAAGGUAGCAAUUUUUUGGAAAUAGGAAAAUUUCAUCGUCUUUGUAACCCUUUGUUUCCGAUUUCUAUUGGGAACAAUAAUUUGCUUAUAUUUUGACAAACAAAUGUGUUUCCGAGUCGCUUGAAUGGAUAGCCAUACAUAAUUUCCAACCAAGUAGUAGUUAGUAAUUUAAUGUAAACAACUAGGUUGAAAACGUAAAUUAGCCACCGUAAAGGGUAAAAAAGCUGACGUUUCGAGCGUUAGCCCUUCGUCAGAGGGCUAACGCUAACGCUCGAAACGUCAGCUUUUUUAUCCUUUACGGUGGCUAAUUUACGUUUUCAACCUAGUUGUUUACACUAAAUUACCUGCUAUACUCUCCCACCGACGCAGCACCACAGUUUCUUUAGAAACUUACCCCUUUAAUUUCGAGUCACUUCGAGUGGCGUAACGUAACGUAACGGAAAUGAAAGACAUAUUAUUAUGGUGUCUGUGGCCUCAGCGCUAUAUUUAACAGAUAAUUUUGAUUUACCACCAUAUAGAGUCGGAAUGAGUGACGAAGGUGUAACGCUCGAAACGUCGGCUCUCGAAACGACCUAUUUUCGGUUACCAGUUUACAUUUUGAACUCAGGUGAUACUGAAACCCUCGCCGAGCCAGCACCACAGUUUCUUCAGAAACUUAGUACCCCCCAUAUUUUGAAAGCCAAUUAUUCGUAGUUUGGAUAAUAUUAAUAAACAAAUAUGAGAAUUCUAAUUUAUAUCAAUUAAUGGAAUGCAGCGAGAAUGGUACCUAACCGUUGUAAGUUGCAAGUACCUUAUUCAUCGUAAGAAUUGUGAAUCGUGAUUGUAUAUGUGUAAGAUUAAAGAAGCUGGUUAAAAAAAUCUUGUUUUUUUCUUCAUCAUCAGGCUCAAGAUCCAACAGCAUUUGGUGAAGAAUUCGCAAGAAACGCUCGUAUAGUUCUCCGCACACGUUACAAAUUAUUGCCGUUCUUGUAUACACUGUUCUAUGAAGCGCAUAUGGACGGCUCCACUGUAGUUCGGCCUGUUAUGCACGAGUACGUAUUAACAGCAGCUGGUGCCUGUUCAGAUCCUAAUCCAAACAAUUCAAACGUCGAAACCUACCGUAGAAGAAAUAAGGAAUUUAAGAUAAUCAUCCCUCCCUUCAAGCCUGAAGCACCCCUGGGUCACCCCUUCCUCACCUCACUCCCUCCCCCCUUCCCCACUCCCUUCACCGCGCCCCUGUAUAAGCUAUACAUGCGGUUUUAUUUAAUAGGUUCGUAGGAGACAAAGAAACUUGGGGAAUUGACCGGCAAUUUUUGUGGGGACCAUCGCUACUUAUAUCACCUGUUUUAGAUGAGGUAAGAGCUUGUAUGUAGUCAUUUAAGGAGAAGUAGAGAAUGUAGAAAAUAGAACAUUCAAAGAUAAAUUGGAGAAUCUUAACUUAUUUUCUGAGAUAAUAAGUAGUUGGUGCUUACACUUUUUGGCCUGUGUUUGUUACAAAAAUCUCAUGACUCCAUUUAUCCCAAUUACAUUCACUUUUCGCUAUAAGUUGGAAGCAGCUUUUAGCGAUGUGUUUUUCCUGUUUCGUGAGAACCAUGUUGUAGAAAGAUUAUACGUUCUUUUGAAACGAAUGAGUCGUUUUUUAAAGCGCAAUUAGACAUAUGCAUGUUAGAUUCGCUCUCCUCACUUUACUUAAGUCCUUAAAUCAAAUUUAUUCAACAGUGUCGAAUAUUAUAAUUCUUUUAGGGUAGGACCGCAGUUAAUGCAUAUUUUCCUGACGAUCGAUGGUAUGACUACUACACAGUAUGUAUGUUUCAUUUUAUUUUUGUUUUUCGAACCCUUCAUUGAAGAUCUCUUUACAGAUGGCACCAAAAUGAUGUUGGAGAAUGAACUAUGGACUAUGGACUACAAAGACAUUAUGGCGCCUUCUACGUUUCUAUUUUGAAAAUUUUUCAUAACUUUUAUUGUGUAUAUACUAGUAAGCUUAAAAGAUACUCUUAGUCGAUUGCCUACAGCGUCAAACUGCGUUAGUUAUUUUUAUGAAUAACAAUUCUAUAUGUGCCGUCAGCUGCCCUCCCCUUACUCAUCUCUGUUCUCCCAUGCAGUAAUGGUUGUCUGACAAGGGUCUGAUUUCAGGGCAAGGAGAUGAGUAGCCGUAAAAGUCACUUGACUUUAGAUGCCCCACUUGAUCACAUUCCUCUUCAUGUUCGAGGCGGCCACAUUAUCCCAACCCAGGAACCAGCCAUUAACACGGCUUUAAGGUAUUUCACUUCGACUUCUGCGCUAACCUCCAAUCAAACCCUAACCACUUCAAGUAAAGGGCAAAAAUGUCGAUUAAUGACUCUGGGACCUUGAUUUAUCUUUUGGCCAAUAUGAUGAAGAGGCCUUUUCCUUCAAAUUUUGAGAGCAACUUUUACAAGAAUUGUCGGAAAGUCGAUUAAAAUAAUCUCAAUUUACCCGUUCCAUCUCGGAACCCUGCCAGAAAAGGAUUACGUUUUCAAAUAAAGAGUGCCUUCAUUUUCCUCUGUAUAAGCAGUUAGCAGUCUAUCGAAGCUGUACAUCAUACACAGCGUUUUAUCAAGAGAUAAUGAACAAUUUAUGAUCUUUUGGUUUAAUGAUAUUGCAUAAAAAGGUUUCCGGAACAGAAAUUGGCUUGGAGAAUUUCCAUCCUUCCGUGAGGUUAUUUGAACAUAAUAAUACGUGCUGCAAGCUUCCUCCAACGUUUUGAUAUGUUGUUCAGUGAGAAGAAAGAGCACCCAUGAAACUCGACGAACGUUUGAUUAGUGCUAGAGUGCAGCCUCAUUCCAGCGUUAUCUAGAGCCAUGGCACUUAUUUUUGUUUUUGUACCCGUAGUAAUAUAGCUUCACUAUUGUUUCAGUCGUCAAAACCCAUUGGGCCUGAUUGUAGCGUUGGGAGACGAUGGAAAAGCUACAGGACAGCUCUUCUGGGACGAUGGAGAAGCCAUCGGUUAGUAAACAACUGGGCUAGUAUUUCCGGGAAAGUUGCCCUGCCGCUAAUUUAGAAUUUGGUAAAAGUUACAGUCGACUUCCGCUUUCAAGUUUUCAGAAGAACUAUAACUUUACGAUCGAGAUAGAGCAAUUUUGGACUGGGUGUCGAAUGCAAUCCAGACCUGUAUUGGUUUAAAUUUACUUGGCUUUUGGAUAGGUUCAGAAACUCACGCCGUCCGAUCCUCUCAACCAAUAAGACGCCAAAGUAAAACCGAUCGCGUCUUUGUGCCGAUUGGCUGUUGCAGUUACUUUGAUUUUAGUUUUACGAAAACCAUGCGUAAAGUAAUCUUUCUUAGAAGGCAAUCUGUAGUUAACACGAUCGCUCUUUUUUCUUAGACACCGUGAAAAAUAAUCAAUACCUGCUGAUAAAGUUCUCAGGCCAAGAGGUAAGUGCAUCACUGAACUGGCUCCAGCUGAAGAUUUGUUUCCCGCCCUUUGUUGAAAAAUUAACCAGGCAUUUGCUUUCUUCUUAACCGAAGCGCCAAAUUUGAAGAUUUGGUGGUUUUCAAGUUUAUUCAGUAAAAAAAAGGUUCGUCCGAGUAAUAUAAUUUGCCUUUAGACUUGAAAAUAUCAUCAGAGGCGCUUUAAUUGUUUGUAACACUCAAGUUCAUGAGCAAAUAUGGAAUAAUAAUGAAGAUACUAAUGAUUUUAAUGUUCAGCUCUCUUUUGCCAUGUUAGUCUGGGAUAAAAUUAUCUGUUGAGAAGAAUGGUUUCGCCGCACCAGACCUUCCUAAAUGGGGCUCAGUAGAUGUGUACGGACUCUCUUCGGGUAUUUUUGUCUCACUCAGCGUCAACGGGAGGGGCAUGUCAGAGAAAGCAACCUACGACAAUAACAAAAAGGUAAAUCAUAGGCAACCCCCUCUAAGGGACACACUCGCUAGGUAGCCGUCCGCUUCUCUCUGACCAAUGGUUUUGUUUUCUCAGGGAAAGUUCACUAGGGAAGGCGGCGAAAAAAGGGUGAAAUUAACCUUGAAAAUAACAGAACGUCAGGGUUGAUCGUCGAAUAUUUUAAAGGAGUUUUAAAAGUAAUCUGGCUAUGCGCUGCAUGUCCAUCCUUUAGGUGUUAAGAACACAAUUGUUCAUGUUUGAGCUGUGUAACACCUUUUAGAAUUUCAAUCUGGCAAAGAUACUAUUAGAAUAAUUUAGGGUUGAAUCAUUGAUACCGUUUGGAGAGGGGAAUGAUCUGCGUAAUUGUCUACGGAGUCAGAUUGAGAAUACACAUGUUCCCUCGUCACUCUUUCAAGAGUUUGCCAUUUCUUCAGCUAAAAAACCUCUGUUCAACAGUUCUUGCCAUAAAAUCUGACAGAAAACAUAGAGCAAUUAUUGAUUCUCUCCGUUUUUUCGUUUCAUGGCAGGUCUUGAAAAUCACCGGUCUAUCACUCGACAUCAAUAUGGACCAUUUCAUUGAAUGGGAAUUCGAGCCUAACCCUAAAGCAGCUGUAAGCAAAAUUCAGCCCCGUAUAACUGCAGUAGUUAUUCUUUUGUUGGCUGCAGUUAUAAGCUGCAAUUAGUGACAGACGUUCAUGAUGCUCUGAGCUGGUCCAUUAAGUACAUUGUGUAGCCACACAGAAUUUGAUCCCAAGUGCCUCUGGAUA